AUAUAAACCACCAGUGUCUUGACUAUAAACAAUAGCGGCGUGAAGAACGUGCUCGCUCAAAGCCUCUUAUGGACUUAAUCUUUCUCUUUACUUGACAACUCUACGCAAAAUACACAGUUCUCUACGACAAAAUUUCGAAAUUCAUCGAUUUUUAGCGGAGGACACUUUUUUGGUGAAAUACUCAGAGAUGGAUGAUGAACGACUUCAGCUUGCCAAACGCCAUUCUUUUCCGUAUAUGAAAGUGUGCACAUGGAAUAUUUUGAAAUCGGGAUCGGCGAAUGAAGUAGAGAUAGAAAUCCCCAAAGCGGAUUCAGUCCCUGUUAUUGAUUCUGAAGGGACAAGCGAGGAAAGAGAAGCCCGCCUAGAAGCAGCGAUUUUGUGGAUACGAAAGGAAUUGGCUGAUAUGCGGCAUCAGGACAAGUAUCUCACAAGGCAGUUCAUUCAUCUGAGAGCUACAAUCCAACGUAUCAAGAGCGAGAGUUUGCUCGAUGGGCUGGAAGGAAACACUGACAAGCUAAAGGAGACCUCUUUCCGACAUUCGAUACCUGGACCUACAAUCCGACCGAUGUUCGGUAGAAGCAUAUCUUAUAUGUAGUCACAGACCAUCGUUGUUCCUGUGUCACGCGCAAUGAAGAGUUGCGUUACAAUUCUUGAUGUGACAAAAAAAGUUAGAAUAAUAUAUCAUGCUAUAAUUUAAGUGCUUCCUUGCCGUCGAAAUUUCAUCGUUUGUGUUUAACAAGUACGUUAAAAGAGAGUAACGCUUGAUCGGGGCUGUAAAAAUAGGUACCUAAAAUAAAACAUUGAUGGAAAGGGAUCACCCUUGCGGUAGCUGAGUCCGUGUCGUUUUAGUUAGUAAAUCCAAACAGGGUCAAUUAGGAGUUUUGUAGAGGAUAAUACGACAACCGAUCUGCUAUCAUGUAAAAAUAGUCAACCACUUCACGAUUACAUUUUGCAGUUUACCGGAAAAAAUACAAUUGAUUGCACAUAUUGAACAAAAGUUCACGAAAAUUAUUAAAUGGGUUGGAGCAGUACACGAAUAGCCUCAGACGCUGUGAAAAUAGUUAAGUACCAUGUGCAAUUUACGAUUAUCGCAAGAAAUAUGAUGAAAAUUGUACUAACAUUUUAGAGAGUCGUUGAUUUAAACCAGAAACCACUUCCACAAGGAUUACUCAUACGUAGUAAAAAAUGACUUCAAUUAAAAGCAAGCCAACUAUAACUAAAUACAAAUACUAAUUAAAUGUAUUAGUACAUCUCAGUUGAAAACAAUUUCAGUUAUUUUCCUUUAUUAUAAAUCGCUCCUCAUCAUAUUAUCCCUAACAGGUGGGUAAAUUUGUGUCAGAUUAUUAAACUUAUUUUCACAGCCACUCCAAUUUCUGAUAAAUUUUGAAAACCACCAUUCACUAUUAUUUCGUGAAAACCGUUUUCUAUAAUAAUUAAAUA